AUGGAGGCGGAAAGUACCGAUCGGCCGCGCACGCGUGCAAAGAAGGCGUGUCUGGCAUGUAACUCCCGUCGCGUUCGGUGCAACGUGCUUGACAUGCAGCCCUGCCAAAAUUGCAUCUCCUGGAAUCUCUCUUGUGAAAUUGGAGAAUCAAGGCGUGGAAAGUAUCCCCGCCGUAAGAACAAGGGAUCGGCUCGAUCAGCUACGCCGACUAACAGCGCGGCAAAUAAGCGUGAUAUCCAAGGGGCUCACAGACCAUUGCCAUUGACUCAGCGCUCAGAUUAUUCACUUUCCCGCUCGGCCACAACAGAUGAUCCUAUUCAUAAAACGGUCUUUCUUGGCGAAUCUAGCCCGCUUACUUGUGUUGUGGAUGAAGGUCGCCGAUCACCAGACAAAGGCUAUGCGCGCACGAUUCAAAACGGAAGAUUGCAUUACUCCAUCUCUGAAAUCAACGGUGCGCCUGGAAAUAACGCUGAUUCGCUAGGCCCUCGUCGUAAAAUACUCCAUGAUCGCCUUACCCGUGAAGGUGCCUUGAUAUACCCGGCACCAGCUAUGUGUGAUAUACUUAUUCGGGCUUACUUUGAUUGGCUGCAUCCAUGCUUCCCAAUCUUGGAUCGGGCCACCGUUCAAAGUGGGUACCAAGAUGGGACAUUGUCACCUUUGUUGCUACAGUCGAUGCUGUUCAUAGGAGUCAGCUUAUGCUCAGAUACAGCUUUGGAAUCUACUGGUUUCCGUAAUAGGUAUCAAGCGAAAGGUGAAUUCUAUGAACGGGCAAAGGAUAUCUACGACUCGGGAUGGGAAACCGAUACGAUCAUCCGGUUGCAAUCGCUAUUUCUGUUGAGCUUUUGGCGUGGAACUCCGAGUGAAGAACGAGAUGUCCGUUUUUGGCUUGGUGCUGCCAUUGGCCUGGCCCAGAAGAAGGGGAUGCACGUCGAAAUUGUCAUUCUUAAAUCCAAGAGAUCAGAAAGUCUGGAAAAGGCUUUGGUGGGCUCUAUAUGUACAAUUUUCAUAUCAAGCCUGUUGAACGUUCGGGAUCAACAAACGUCGGCGGCACUAGGACUACCGCCCCGAAUACGUGAUGAAGAUUGCCAAACGGCCGACCUUGAAGCCUCAGACUUCGAGGAGAGUGAGCCCAUCAAUCAAUCUGAAAUAUUUCGAGCACCACCGGAAGUUCAUGUUUCAUAUGUCGUGGGAAUGGCUCAGCUGGCAAGAUUAUUACGAGAAAUCGUUUCCACUCAGUAUCUACCAGGCCAUUCUAAGUUGGAUAACCCAGCUAGACCAAUGCUUCAUCAAGAUUUGAUUGAAUGGAAGUCCAACCUGCCAAGGGAGUUGCAGUUCCAAAGUCCCAUGACUAGGGAAGCCAUGUUUCUUGUUGGCAUGCUUCACAUGGCUUAUAAACCGCUCUUCUUGCAGCCCCCUGGGCGAUCAACUAAAUCGGAGGGGAAUAUGGCGUUAGAUGCCGCAACAAGAAGCACGCGCGUUCUUGAGGACAUGCUGUCGGAGAACUUGGUUCAACAUGGGUCUCUUCACUUAAUAACUCACACUUUUUCGGCUUUGUGUAUUCAUACCAUUCACUUUGGACGAGUUACCGGAACAUCCCGCAAGUUGGCAGAACAUAGAGCUAAGCUUUGUCUUUUGGGACUGAAGGAACUACAGAAGUCCUGGGACUUGGAGAACUGGGUCCUAGAUCUAUUCUUUCGCUGUUUGGACGAUCGCACAGCUCGCGAUCUUCGACUGGUUGAUGCUACAAUUUCACCAUCUACAUCACGAGUUAACGGCCUUCCAACCCUUGCAGAAGCCUCACUUCCUACUCCAACUAGUGGCCCACGCGGACUGCUGUCUCCUAAUCAACAGGAAGGUUUGUGGCCGAGUACAAAUCCAGUGACUCUCCAAGAUCCAACAGAGGAUGCAGCGAUAAAUAUGGAUUGGUAUGAAUUGUUGAACAUGGAGGGUGAUGAUGUGAUGGGGAUGGCGGGCUCAUUAUCAAAUCCGGAUUAUCUGAACCCACAGAACCUUGAGUUCCUUUACCGGUUUUUGUAG